CCUUAUCUCUCUCGCUUCCGUUUUCCAUCAACAUGUCCUUCUUCGAUUCAGAGUCGGCAUCCUAUGCCCGUGACUGGUGAUGUUAUAAGUUCUUUCGUCAGAUCACCUGCGGGCUGCUGCACGAGAUGCUUGGAUCUACCAAAACAAGAGAUUCAAAAGCUUGAAAGAGACUCUUCAUGUUUCAGGGGCUUUCAUGUUCCUAACCAAAUCCAGGAGGCCACUAUAUCUACAGACAAAGGAAAAAAAUUAGUUCUCAACCGAAAGCACUUGCAAACCAUUCCCAUUUCCCAGAGUUUACUCAUACAAUAUCACCUGAGAAGAUAUAGGAAUGCAAACCGGUUAAGAAUGGAGACACCAAUGGUAAUGGCAAAGAGAAGUGCUCAUGUGGUGAUUGGUGCCAAGAUUAAUCAGAUACAAGAGCUGACGGAUAUUACACGCCAACUUCAGGUCACCUUUACACUGACAAACACCUUAAGUCACAUAAGAGGUGAUAGACUAAUAAAUAUACAGAGACAGUCUUCUGCCAAUCUUUAUAAUAUUUUUACACCACUGUGCAUUUGUAUUUAUUUUCCAAAGUGAAGAUGUGUAGAUUCAAUCGAUUGUCUUUCUUUACUUGAAUUUCUAGAGAAUGUGGAAGAGCUGUAAUUAGAGGGUCAAUAUGAAUGUCUUGAUGUCAGGGUUGUAUAUCAUGUAUUUUAUGUUUUUGGAAUAUGUGUAUUUUCUAAAAUCUAAUUGAAGUUGAACUCAUUUGUCGAA